AUGAUUUUUAAAAUAAGAAAUAAUUUAUUUAAUAAAAAGGUCAAUGCGAUGCUAAAGAAGAAAUUUCAUAAUUGGUCUAUGAGACUAACAUAUCAUUUUAGUUGCCUUCAUCCGCAAGAACAUAGUUUAAAAUGCUUUCGAUCACAAUAUAAAUUAUUAGAAGAGAUUGGAAGAGGUGGAUUUGGAAUUGUUUAUAAAGCAGUCAGAUUAUCUGAUGGUUCACCUGUUGCAGUAAAAUAUAUUCUUCAUCAACAUGUUAGGGAUUGGAAAAUUGUUGAUAGGCAAAUGAUACCAUCAGAAGCGGCACAUCUUCAAGCAGUAUGUGGAAUGCCAGGAAUAAUUAGAAUUAUAGAUUGGUUUGCCAAUUCAAAAGGUUUUCUUAUUGUUAUGGAAAGACCAGAAAAUUGUAUGGAUUUAUUUGAUGUAAUCUCUGGAUAUGGGAGAUUAGAUGAACCUAUGGCAAGAUUAAUAUUUAAACAAGUUAUUGAAGCAACAUAUCAAUUAUUUACAAAACAUUCUCUUGUUCAUAGAGAUAUUAAAGAUGAAAAUUUAAUUUUAGAUAUGGAUUCUGGGGAAAUUAAAAUGGUUGAUUUUGGUGCAGCUGAUUAUUUAGAAUCAGCUAAAAAUAAAGGAUUUCAAGGAACAAAAUCUUAUUGUCCUCCAGAAUGGUUUAAAAAAAAGUUAUAUUUACCAAUGGAGUCAACUUGUUGGAGUUUAGGGGUUUUGUUAUAUCUUAUUGUUACGGGUUUAUUACCAUUUAAAAAUGAAAUACAAAUAUGUGUAGGAAAGAUAACAUUUCCAGAAGGAAUAUCAAAAGAAUGUCAACAUUUAAUAAGAAGAUUAUUAUGUAUAUCACCAGAAGGGAGAGCUGAUCUAAAAGAGGUACUAAAUCAUGCUUGGAUGCAAAUGAAAGUUGAAAAAUUAAAACAACCAUUUCAAUUAGAAUUAAGAAGAAGAUCAGUAAAAAAAAGAAGUAGAAGAAGAAGAGGAGAAAGUGUUUUUGAUGGAGUAUCUGAUGAUGAUGAAGAUAUGGAAUGUAUGCAUAGGAGAUUUAAAAGAAGUUCUGAGGAAUCUGUUGCUAAGGCUCUCGAUAUACCUCGUGAAGUUAUCUUAGCUGCUGAAGCUAGAAGAAAAAGUUUACAAACUGGUAAUAUUCAUUCCAUUCGACAAAAAUAUAAAGAUGAUAAUAAAUAUUUUUCAAAUGAAAUACUUAAUAAAGAUAAAACUAAUUUACCUUCUUAUGGUACAGUAUCAAAACAACAAAUAAUUAUAGAUUCUAAAGAUGAAGGAAAUAAGUUAUCACGAAUGUAUACAAAUUCAUAUUAUAAUGGUUUGUCAGUUGAAGAAAGAAGGAGAACAUUUAAAAAUAAAGGUCGUUCUAAGGUUGAUCAGUUACGUUCAUGUCCAUUGUCAACAGAAACAGGUGAUAUAAUAACACAAUCUCAAGAUGUUUUUGCCUCUGCUGAUGAUCAAUUUCCUGUCUCAUUUCCAAAGAAUAAUCCUUAUCGUUCAUUUACAUCAUCAACACGGUCUCGUGAAAGAACAAUUUUAAUGGAUGACAAAACCCAUACUUCUACUUUAGCUAAACUUAAUAGUUCAUUUGAAACAGCAAUUGAAGAUGAUGCUAAUUCUGUUACAUUAUCCUCAACAUUUACUUUUUACUCAGCAAAUGAAGAACAGGUGGAUGAACCUAUUUAUCCACAAAAUGAAAGGAACUUUAAUAAAUUAUCAAAUGUUAGAAAUAUAUUUAAUUGUGAUAAUGAUAUAUUUAAUGAUAAAAAAGAAAGUACUGGUAAUUUGAUGACUUCUAGUAUUCAUACUAAUAAGUACUUUCCUUCAACUUCUUCUAUAACAUCAGUCUCAACAACAUUAAUGAUAAGAAAUAAUGAAUUUAAAAAUAGUGUUGAUUGUACUUCUGAUAGUGAUUAUGAAAGAGAUGAUUUAAGUUUUCAGUCACAUGAAGAUGAUGUAUAUUAUUCUUCUGGUAUUGUUAAAGGUUUAAGUUCAAGAUCAUUAAAUAAAGGAUUAAAUAAAAAAAAUGAUAAAGAUAGAAAAUAUUCAAUGGGAAAUUUGCAAGAUUACAAAGUUUCACUUCCCAAUAAUUCUAACUUUGGAAAUUUAAUCAAUGAAAAGUAUGUAAACAAAAAUGAAGAUAAACAUAGUGAUGAUUCAAAAAUUUAUCAACGGCGAUUUUCUUCUGUAACUGAUUAUAAUAAUUUAAAAACAAGUUCCAAUUUUUUGUCACCAUCUCCAUCAAAAUUGUCAUCUUCUUCAGGAGAGGUUGUCAAAGAAAAUGCUAAAAAAUCAUUAUCAUAUUUUACCCAAGAUUUAAGCGAAAUGCCUUGUCAAAGUUUGUUAAAACUUACUAAUCGGAGAGAUGAAAGUAAUAUAAUUAAUAAUAGACAGCAGACAUCACAUCGAUAUGAAAGAGAAAUUUCUCCUCUCCGUUUUCCAUUGGCAGUUUUUGAUGUUAAUCAAGUUCUAAAAAAAAAAGAAAAUAACAGUAUUACAGCCGAUAUUUAUUAA